AUGGCAUCACUCACUUGGGCUGUUGUUCUCCUAGCAGGUUUGACUUGCACCCAUGCUCAUGCUUUGGGAGACCCGAUACCAAUACAUAGUUUACCUAGCAUUGCCCAGAUAGAGUUUAGGCUUGGUUCAACCUGGAGGCAACAGUGUGUUGGAAGCAUCAUCACAAACUAUCACAUGCUGACCGCUGCUGCCUGCGUCCAAGUUCCUAUUGGCCGUCGUAUUCGUGUUGGUAGUCAUGAAAGAGCAUUCGGUGGUUUAGUUCGUGAUGUAGGUAUUGUUAGCAAUCAUGACAGUUUUGGAUCCAACGGUAACGAUGGAGACAUGAGCGUAGUUCGAGCAGCCUCGGCCUGGGUAUUCGGAUCGACGGUCCAGUCUAUUCCCAUCGUUACGCAGAACUACGUCGUACCUGCAAACUUUGAUGUGUUUGUGGCUGGAUGGGGUGUUACCACUCAAGGAGGCCUUGUUGGGGACGAUCGCCUCCACGUGGCUGCCCUGAAAACCAAGCCUAUCAUAGAAUGCAUGAGCCAGCACCAAGGUCGCGUCACUACAAACAUGCUAUGUGUCGGUCGUGUUGACAGGCCUGGUAUUAACUUCGAUCCCAGUGAUAUUGGAGCUCCUGUCAUCUACAGCGGCCAUCUUGUUGGUGUAUUAUCCUUCGGCGCAUCUGCCAACAAUGAUGAGUUGCCCGCUGUUUCUAACGCUAUCGGCAGUUACUCUGAUUGGAUUGUGAAGAAUGUCAGUUAA